AUGUCCGGAUUCAAGAUUGCCACCCCCGCUAUGCAGACACCGUCUGUCCCAACUCCCAAUAAUAAUGCAGCCACGCCUUUUGUUCCUUCUACACCUGCACCUGUCGAUGCACCCACACCUAGUAGAGAUCAGAAUCCUUAUGCAGUGGCGGGUAUUACACCUACGUUACAAAACAUUGUUGCCACCGUCAACCUGGAUUGUCGCUUGGAUCUUAAAACAAUUGCGCUCCAUGCACGCAACGCCGAGUACAAUCCAAAGCGUUUUGCCGCCGUCAUUAUGCGUAUUCGAGAACCAAAAACAACUGCCUUGAUUUUCGCAUCUGGCAAAAUGGUAGUGACAGGAGCAAAGUCUGAAGAUGAUUCAAAAUUGGCUGCACGUAAAUAUGCUCGUAUCAUUCAAAAGCUGGGCUUUCCGAGCAAGUUUACCGAUUUCAAGAUCCAAAACAUUGUUGGCUCAUGUGAUGUACGGUUCCCAAUUCGUCUUGAAGGUCUUGCUUACUCUCACGGACAUUUCAGCUCUUACGAGCCUGAAUUGUUUCCAGGUCUCAUUUAUCGCAUGGUGAAGCCCAAGAUUGUAUUGCUUAUCUUCGUAUCGGGCAAAAUUGUCUUGACAGGUGCCAAAGUGCGUGAGGAGAUCUAUCAGGCCUUCCAAGCUAUAUACCCUGUGCUGCUUGAAUUCCGUAAACCUUAA